AUGCAGCCCAAUGCUGAGUCUGACUAUGCCACGCGUGACGGCCCUUCAAGCAACAGCUCCUUCUACAGUAGUGAAGGUGAGGGGACAGAUCACGAAGGGGACAUUUUGGAUUGCAGUGGCUCCAGGCCUUUGCUGCUGGAUUCGGAAGAGGAGGAGGAAAGCUGCAGGCCGGGUGUGGGCUUCCUGCAGGCCGGGCCCAGGGAGAGGAGGGACAUUUCCAGGGAGCAGCAUCCCCACACGCAGGCUGUAGAGACGCCGUUCCCUGUCUUCCAGUCGCAGUCUGGGGAGGUUUUUAAUGAACCCGAUGUCUUUGCCACGGCUCCUUUCCGCAGCUCCAGGAAAGCACCCGAUGAGGCAGAUGUUUUCACCAAAGCUCCUUUCAUCUCUAAGGGCAGUGUGGCUCUUCGACACCCAGAGGAAGUGGAUGUGUUCCUUAGAGCCCCUUUCACCAAAAAAAAGAGCAUGGAGGAGCUGUUGUCUCACAGUGUGCCCAAGGAACCGCUCAUGUUUCUCAGCCCAGCAGCUGAUGUCCAGCACAGAACCACCCCUGCCUUCCAAAGCCUGGAUGCGGUGGUUUCCGGGCCAUCGGCCAGACUGCAGUAUCCUUCAGGCUUUGCUUUGCUGACUAACCUUCCUCCUCCUGUGAGAGCAACAGAGGAGCACAGCCCUCCUCCAGGCAUGCAGCCGGAGCCUGGUGAGCGCAGCCCAGCCCAACCCAGCCCUCAGGAAUGCAUGCUGGGACCGGCAGCGAACAGUCGGCCUUUCCGUCCGCAGGCCUUGUCCAAGUACUCCCGUCACUACAGCCCAGAAGAUGGGCCUGGUCUCGACGUCCAACCCAUCGCUGCUUACAAAGUGGUUUCUCAGACCAACAGGCAGGCCAUAGCGGGCUCUGUCUCCCUUGCCCCACUGGCUGCCAGGACUACGGAGCUGCCCGCAGCUGAUCCUUUUGCUUCAGCACCAUUUCCUUCCAAAGCAGCAAAGCAAAAGCCUUAA